CCCCUCUCCUCCCUCCUCCCUGUUCUCCCUCAGUCCCCGGCUCCUCUUCCUCUUUCUCCCUCUCUUUCUCGGGUGGAGGCGCCCACCGCGGCGGCCCAGCAGGGACCGGCCCGGCCGCAAGGCAGGACUCUACCACCCCCAUGGCUGCUUUGGCCUUGGUGGGGGUUGUGCUCCUUCUGGGGGCACCCCACUGUUUGGGGGAGGCCACUCCAACCCCUUCCUUGCCACCUCCCCCUGCUAACGACAGUGAUGCCAGCUCAGGCGGCUGCCAGGGUUCCUACCGCUGCCAGCCAGGGGUGCUGCUGCCUGUGUGGGAACCCGACGACCCAUCGCUGGGAGACAAGGCCGCAAGGGCCGUGGUGUACUUUGUGGCCAUGGUCUACAUGUUCCUCGGCGUAUCCAUCAUUGCCGACCGCUUUAUGGCAUCUAUUGAGGUCAUCACAUCUAAGGAGAAGGAGAUUACCAUCACCAAGGCCAACGGGGAGACCAGCGUGGGCACCGUGCGCAUCUGGAAUGAAACAGUGUCCAACCUCACACUCAUGGCCCUGGGCUCCUCGGCGCCUGAGAUUCUGCUGUCUGUCAUCGAGGUCUGUGGCCACAACUUCCAGGCGGGUGAACUGGGUCCCGGCACCAUCGUGGGCAGUGCAGCCUUCAACAUGUUUGUGGUCAUUGCUGUGUGUGUCUAUGUCAUCCCGGCUGGCGAGAGCCGUAAGAUCAAGCAUCUGAGGGUCUUCUUCGUCACAGCCUCCUGGAGCAUCUUUGCCUACGUCUGGCUUUAUCUCAUCCUAGCAGUUUUCUCCCCAGGUGUGGUCCAGGUGUGGGAGGCUCUGCUGACACUGGUCUUCUUCCCGGUGUGCGUGGUGUUCGCCUGGAUGGCUGACAAGCGACUGCUCUUCUACAAGUACGUGUACAAGCGCUACCGCACUGACCCUCGCAGUGGAAUCAUCAUCGGGGCAGAGGGCGACCCACCCAAGAGCAUCGAGCUGGACGGUACGUUCGUGGGCACCGAGGUCCCAGGUGAGCUGGGUGUGCUGGGCACAGGUCCUGUCGAGGCACGUGAGUUGGACGCCAGCAGGCGCGAGGUCAUCCAGAUUCUUAAGGACCUGAAGCAGAAGCACCCAGACAAGGACCUGGAGCAGCUGGUAGGCAUCGCCAAGUACUACGCACUGCUGCACCAGCAGAAGAGCCGCGCCUUCUACCGCAUCCAAGCCACACGGCUGAUGACGGGCGCAGGCAACGUACUUCGAAGACACGCUGCAGAUGCAGCCCGCCGGCCCGGGGCCAACGAUGGCGCAGCCGACGACGAGGAUGAUGGCGCCAGUCGCAUCUUCUUUGAGCCCAGCCUCUACCACUGCCUGGAGAACUGCGGGUCUGUGCUGCUGUCAGUGGCCUGCCAGGGCGGUGAGGGCAACAGUACCUUCUAUGUGGACUACCGCACAGAGGACGGCUCUGCCAAGGCGGGGUCAGACUAUGAGUACAGCGAGGGCACGCUGGUAUUCAAGCCUGGAGAGACGCAGAAGGAGCUGCGCAUCGGCAUCAUCGACGACGACAUCUUCGAGGAGGACGAGCACUUCUUCGUGCGGCUGCUGAACCUGCGUGUGGGCGAUGCGCAGGGCAUGUUUGAGCCCGACGGCGGCGGGCGGCCCAAGGGGAGGCUAGUGGCGCCGCUGCUGGCCACCGUCACCAUCCUGGACGACGACCACGCAGGCAUCUUCUCCUUCCAGGACCGCCUGCUGCACGUGAGCGAAUGCAUGGGCACCGUGGACGUGCGCGUAGUGCGCAGCUCAGGCGCCCGCGGUACUGUGCGCCUCCCCUAUCGCACAGUGGAUGGCACGGCUCGUGGCGGUGGCGUGCACUACGAGGACGCUUGUGGAGAGCUGGAGUUCGGCGAUGACGAGACCAUGAAGACCCUUCAGGUCAAGAUAGUGGAUGAUGAAGAGUAUGAGAAGAAGGACAACUUCUUCAUCGAGCUCGGCCAGCCCCAGUGGCUAAAGAGGGGCAUCUCAGGAGAUGGGGACAGGAAGCUGACUGCUGAGGAGGAGGAGGCUCGGAGGAUAGCAGAGAUGGGCAAGCCAGUUCUUGGGGAGAACUGUCGUCUCGAGGUCAUCAUCGAAGAGUCUUACGACUUUAAGAACACAGUGGAUAAACUCAUAAAGAAAACAAACCUGGCCUUGGUGAUUGGGACUCAUUCAUGGAGGGAGCAGUUUUUAGAGGCAGUUACGGUGAGCGCAGGAGAUGAGGAGGAAGAAGAGGAUGGGUCCCGGGAGGAGCGGCUGCCAUCCUGCUUUGACUAUGUGAUGCACUUCCUGACGGUGUUCUGGAAGGUUCUGUUCGCUUGCGUUCCUCCCACGGAGUACUGCCACGGCUGGGCCUGCUUCGGUGUCUGCAUCCUGGUUAUUGGUCUACUCACCGCGCUCAUAGGAGAUCUGGCCUCCCACUUUGGGUGCACCGUGGGUCUUAAGGACUCAGUCAACGCCGUGGUCUUCGUGGCCCUGGGCACCUCUAUCCCUGACACGUUCGCCAGCAAGGUGGCCGCGCUGCAGGACCAGUGUGCGGACGCGUCCAUCGGCAAUGUGACUGGUUCCAACGCCGUGAACGUGUUCCUGGGGCUGGGUGUGGCCUGGUCAGUGGCUGCGGUGUACUGGGCGGUGCAGGGCCGCCCCUUCGAGGUGCGUACAGGCACGCUGGCCUUCUCGGUCACACUCUUCACCGUCUUCGCCUUCGUGGGCAUCGCAGUGCUGUUGUACCGGCGCCGGCCACACAUCGGUGGCGAGCUGGGCGGUCCGCGGGGACCCAAGCUGGCCACCACCGCUCUCUUCUUGGGUCUCUGGUUCCUUUACAUUCUCUUCGCCAGCCUCGAGGCAUACUGCCACAUCCGGGGCUUCUAGGGCCCUAGCCACUGCCCUGAAGGUGGGGACUCGAUGGCAUUUGCUCUUGGGCCCACCCCUGUCUCUCUGUCCAGACUCACCCUGGGCUCCCUGGGACUCCUCUCCUAGGCUCCUUCUUCGCCAGCCCUCUUCCUGGGAUCAGCCUCCCUUUCCGCCUGGAUUCCAUCCCUCGAUCUCCCUUCUCAGCGGCACCCCCUCCAGCCCAUCCCUUGUAAAUUACAUCUGAAAUCCCAAGCCAGGCACCAACCCACCAGACACCACCUUCUCUGCCUCCCUGGACACCCAGCUUAACUCUGUUCCUUCUCCCAGCUACAACCCUCUAUCUGGGCCUCUGGGCCUUAGAAGAUCUCCCCAGGUACCUCAGAGGGAGGCUGUGCCAUCUCUUCCCUUACCCCAACCCUCAGGGAGCUCCCUGCAGUCCCCAGGGGAAUGAAUAAGUGGGUGUGUACAAGGGGGGGAGGGCACGCACUUUUUCUGACUUCUUCACUCAGAGGCUUGGAGAGGGAGGAGGGACGUUUGGAGUUUCUGUCCCCCAGGCUCAGCCGGAGGAGGCACAUCUUGAACCCACCACUUCAGACAUUCCAGCACCCUGCUUGCCCUCCACUACCUCUGAGAGCCCAGCCACGCCUUGGAGGGAGGGGCCUGUGUGUGUGUAUAUAUUUAGUGUGUUUGGGGGAGGGGGGCCAUGGGAGGGUGCAUGUCUUGGGGGAAGGGGCGUCGACAGACUUUCCCUUUUCGAGAGGGCAGCACGACUCACUCAGCCUUGAGAAUCUGCGUAGUGGAGGAGACUGAGAACCAAAGGGAGUCCAGCCGACCUCCCCUGACAAUAUUCUAGAAGGCUUGACGAAAAUAACUCUAGAAGGUUCAUUUUGCCCUCAGUGCCAGCCAACUCGGGCAGGACCCUCGAAGAGGAGACCGAGGGUCCCAGAGGACCAAUGCUACAAGCCAGCAAAUGCUGCCACAUCUCUGCCUGUUGGGGGGGGGGGGUGGAAGGGGGGGGGGGGGGGGAAUCUGGGUGGGCAUUUUUAACUUUGUGGGCCGCAAUCUGUUGGUAGGCCACCUGCAUUUUCUUACUAUUGAUGUUUCCUGCCCAUUCCUGGAGGAAUGGGGAGUACUGCCCACUCCUUGUGACCCUGCCACCUUAUAACCUCCCGCUUCCCCUAAGUUAUUAUUAUUAUUAUUUUUGCAUUUUCUCGUCCAGUUGUGCAUCAGACCCAUUACCCACUGCCCUUCUCACCCCUGACUCAUCAGAAUCACUCGCUGUCCCUUCUCUGUGAUUUCUGUAAAAAUUGCCAUAAAACUUUGAAAUUCUGCCUGAA